AUGUGGUGGAGAGUCUGCAGCUUGCUGGCGUGGUUCCCCUUACAAGAGGCCUUUCGGACCAACCACAUGGAAACUGUCCUCAUAGAGGAAGGCCAGACACUCACUCUAAACUGUACCGUUUCUCAGGAGACCACCUCUCUGCAGUGGCUGGCCCCCUCGGGCUUCACCAUUUUCUUCAAUGAACAACCUGCUUUAAAAAGUUCCAAAUACCAGCUUCUUCAUCACUCCUCCAAUCAGCUCUCCAUCAGCGUGCUGAAGGUAACACAGCAUGAUGAAGGCGUGUACAAGUGUCUGCACUACGGCAAGUCCGUGAGAACAAAGGAAGUGAAAGUGAUCGUGUUAGCAACUCCUGUCACGCCAACCCUGCAAGUUUCAGUUAUCAAGACGCACAACGGAGAAGAACACGUCAUACUGAAAUGCUCCACCGUGAGAAACAAGCCCCCUCCACGGAUAACCUGGCUCUUAGGGAAUGGCAUGGAGCUCUAUGGUGAAACCCACCAUGAAUAUGAAACUGAUGGGAAGAAGUGUAAUAGCACCAGCACACUGACAGUCCACUCAUAUGGCAAAAACUCAACAGCAAGUUGCAUUAUCCGACACAAAGGCCUGCAAGGAAGAAAACUGGUAGCACCUUUUAGGUUUGAAGAUCUGGUUACUGAUCAAGAGACAACGUCAGCUGCCCUGGAGACAAGCUCUCUAUCCUCUCAAGACCCUCAGCAGCCCAAUAGCACUGUAAUGGAAGAUUCUAGUACGUCAGAGAUUGACAAGGAAGAGGAAGAACAAACCACUCAAGUCUCUCAUUUGGCCACUGAAGCAAAUCGGCAAUAUGGGGGACUGACGAAGAAGAAGAGCGGUGUCCUGCUGCUGACCCUCGUGUCCUUCCUCAUAUUCAUACUGUUCAUCAUUGUCCAGCUUUUCAUCAUGAAACUCCGGAAAGCACAUGUGAUAUGGAAGAAAGAAAGUGAGAUUUCAGAGUACACUCUAGAAAGUUACAGAUCGAGGUCAAAUAAUGAAGAAACAUCAUCCCAAGAGAAAAAUGGCCAAACUUCCCGCUCUAGGGGCUGCAUAAACUACAUCACACAGUUGUACUCGGAGGCAAAAUCAAAGACGAAGGAAAAGGCACAACCUUCAAAAUUAAAAGGAGAGCUGAGUUAUAUACCAGAAAGCAUCGUGUAG